AUGAACGGAAUCGCAUCUUCGCUUACGGUGGUUGGCAAGGACGAUAUCUACGACCUGCUUGGGAUUGGGUAUGGGCCUGCGCAUCUGGCGCUGUCGAUCGCGCUGCGCGAGUCCGCCGAGGCGGGCGAAGCCAACUUCAAGGCGCACUUCCUGGAGCAGCGCGCGCACUUUGCAUGGCAUCCUGCGCUGCUGCUGCCCGGGUCGCAGCUGCAGGUGUCGCCGCUCAAGGACCUGGUGACGCUGCGCGAUCCGACGUCGACGUACAGCUUCUACAACUAUCUCCACUCGCACGGCCGCCUGGCGCGCUACAUCAACAAGGAGCAGGGCGUGCCUAGUCGACGCGAGUGGACUGCCUACCUCGCCUGGGCCGCACGCAGGAUGGCGGACGCAGUCUCGUACGGCCAGAACGUGGUUUCGAUCGAACCGCUUACGAUCGUGGCGGCCGAGGCCAAGCAGGACGAGGUGACGGUGAGGCAGGCGGGUGCGGAGGAUGCACUGUGUCUGUACCGCAUCACUACGCGCGAGGCGGAUGGCGGCAAGGUGGUGCGCUAUGCGCGCAAUUUGUCCGUCGCCGUCGGUGGCGUACCCAAGCUUCCGGCUGCGUUCGAAGCGGCGUAUGCGCAGCAAACCAGCGAAGGGGCGCGCAUUGUGCACUCGGGCACGUAUCUGCCAUCGCUGCGAAUGCUCGAGCCCAAACUGCACGAGAUCGCUUCGAAGCGUCAACAGACCGCGGGGGGUGUGGUGGACGAUUCGUCGCGUCUGCGUCUGGCGGUGAUCGGUGCAGGUCAAUCGGCUACCGAGAUGCUGAUGAACCUGCACGCGCGCUUCCCCACUGCGAUUGUCACGAUGGUCUUCCGCGCCUCAGCCCUCGUUCCCUCUGACGACACGGGAUUCGUCAACUCAGCUGCGUUCGACCCGGAACGUACCGACGAGUUCUGGCACGCGAGUGCAGCCCAGCGCCGCGCGUGGUUGACCGAAUUCAAGCGCACAAACUACUCGGUGGUGCGUACGGAUCUGCUCAACGAGCUGCACGAUACCAUGUACGACAAGUUUAGCGUGCAGCUUCCCGACGAGCUGCAGGACGUCGACGAAAAACACGCGGGUCGCAUGGAGAUGCGUCGCUGCACCGAAGUCGACCACGUCCAAUUGACCGACGAGGGAGUGGAGUUGGAGCUGCGCGAUAAGCUGCGCAACGGGAGGGUGGAGAGGGUGGUGUUUGAUGCGGUGUUUGUGGGGACUGGAUUCGUGCGUUCGCCGAGCAGCAUGGCGUUCCUCGAGCCGCUGCGGGCGUUCUAUCCCGCACUGGACGGCGAGUGGAUGGGGCGCGAGAGGGAGGCGGAGGAGGACGAGGUGGCGAGGUUGGUGGAUGUCGAGGACGAAGAGGUGCUCGAGCGCAGGCGCGAGAACAUUCGCGGCAUCACCAGGGAUUACCGACUCGUUGGCGCUGCGGCUAUGCGGUCGGCGCUGAGGAGCGGAAAGGCUUCGCCCGCAAGCGAUGCUUCAUCCACCUCGUCGCAACAGACACUCGCAAGUCAGGUCGAAGAACGUAAUCUUCCCGAACCGGCGCUUUACGUGCUUGGCGGCAAUGAGGCAACUCAUGGUCUGUCGGACAGCUUGUUGUCCAUCGUCGCCCACCGUGCAGGCGAACUGUCCACAUCGCUGCUUGACAGACUGCCGCGCUCCAGAGCGGCUACUGCCCCCACCACCACAUCCCCACCCCCCACCCAGACGCAGACGCAGACGCACAAGAUCCAAAAGCCCCUCACCCUCCCAGCCCUGCAGCACAUGUCGCUCAACUAA